AUGUUAUUUGAGCAGGGUCAGCAGGCCCCGGAGCUUCCUGAGUACACGAUGCAGAAGGCUGCUUACUAUGAAAGCCCAGGACUCUUCGGAGGCUAUGGCUACAGCAAAGCUGCUGACACUUAUGGCUAUAGUGCCCCCCAUCAGCCUUAUCCACCCCCUGCUGCUGCCAACUCCCUGGACACUGAUUACCCGGGCUCUGCCUGCUCCAUCCAGAGCUCUGCACCUCUGCCAGCCCCAGCCCACAAGGGGGCUGAACUCAAUGGAAGCUGCAUGAGGCCUGGCACUGGGAACAGUCAGGGAGGUGGGGGUGGCAGCCAGCCUCCUGGUCUGAACUCAGAGCAGCAGCCACCACCACCCCCUCCUCCCCCACCAGCCCUGCCCCCAUCCUCGCCCACCAACCCUGGAGGUGGAGUACCUGCCAAGAAGGCCAAGGGUGGGCCCACUGCUUCUGGCUCCUCAGCCACCAUCAGCAAGCAAAUCUUUCCCUGGAUGAAAGAGUCCCGACAGAACUCCAAGCAGAAGAACAGCUGUGCCACUGCAGGAGAGAGCUGCGAGGACAAGAGCCCACCGGGCCCAGCGUCCAAGCGGGUGCGCACGGCGUACACAAGUGCACAGCUGGUGGAGCUGGAGAAGGAAUUCCACUUCAACCGCUACUUGUGCCGGCCACGCCGCGUGGAGAUGGCCAACCUGCUGAACCUCACCGAGCGGCAGAUCAAGAUCUGGUUCCAGAACCGGCGCAUGAAGUACAAGAAGGACCAGAAGGCCAAGGGUAUCCUGCACUCGCCGGCCGGUCAGUCCCCGGAGCGCAGCCCGCCGCUCGGCGGCGCCGCGGGCCACGUGGCCUACUCGGGCCAGCUUCCACCCGUGCCCGGCUUGGCCUACGACGCGCCUUCGCCGCCCGCCUUCGCCAAAUCUCAGCCCAACAUGUACGGCCUGGCUGCCUACACGGCGCCGCUCAGCAGCUGCCUGCCGCAGCAGAAGCGCUACGCGGCGCCCGAAUUCGAGCCCCACCCCAUGGCGAGCAACGGCGGCGGCUUCGCCAGCGCCAACCUGCAGGGCAGCCCGGUGUACGUGGGCGGCAACUUCGUCGACUCCAUGGCGCCCGCAUCCGGGCCCGUCUUCAACCUGGGCCACCUCUCGCACCCAUCUUCAGCCAGCGUGGACUACAGUUGCGCUGCGCAGAUUCCCGGCAAUCACCACCACGGACCGUGUGACCCUCAUCCCACCUACACAGAUCUCUCGGCCCACCACUCGUCUCAGGGACGCCUGCCCGAGGCCCCCAAACUGACGCAUCUGUAG